UCAAUAAAAAAAAUGAAAAAAGAAAAACCCACCUCGCCGUUGAGAGCCGUCGUAAGAAACCCUUUCCAUGCUUCCAGUCCACCAUGAUAUCUUAUGAGUCUCUGUCUCUACCCCUGAGGAUGAAGCUGACGGACUGCGAGAAUUAGCAGAAAGAAAGAUUAUGGUGUUACAUCUUCAGCCGGUCUGGUAGCUAUGUCAGGACAUGGUGCUGAGGGGACAGAGACGGUAGAAUCCAUACUCGAACUUCAGGUGCAAAAUCCGGAUGAGGAAGUCUUCUCCUCUGGAGAUUUGAAGUGGACGGGGUAUGGGACUGCCGAGCGCCAUGAUGUUGUAGCCCUGAUUCCAUACGCAAGGGUUGAUGAUUUUAUAAUUGGAGAAUGUGCAAAUGUAGAGUCUCCCACGAGGUUCCAUAUUGAAAAGGCGAAAAAACGACCCCUACGGAGCUUGAGAGAGUACAAGGAGGACGAAUAUUUGGAACAUAAGCUGUACUGGUGUUCUUUUGGUCCAGAAGACUAUGGAGAAGGUGGCGGUGUAUUACCUAGUCGAAAAUACCGGUUGAACACUAGGAAUCGAGCUGCUAGGCCUCAGUCAAUGCGAGGGUGUAUGUGUCGUUUUGAAGUGACACGGCUCUAUGCCCGUCCCUCGAUUGCCCUCAUCAAAUACAUCGAAAGGCGCCAUGUGAACAGGGCAGGCUUCAUCUGCCACGGCCCUCUCGAUAAGGAUGCUAUUGGGCCUGGAGCCAAGAAGACGCCAUACCUCUGCAGCAGGAUCAAACAACAGACAAUGUCUAUGAUUUAUCUUGGAAUUCCUGAAGAGAAUGUCUUGGAGAAGCAUAUUGAAGGUAUUCAGCGCUACUGCGGGCUUGAUGAAAAGCUCAUGAUGCUCGCUUCUCAGGAUGUCCACAAACUGGGGAUGAUAAUUAAGAGAUCGACGCAUGAAUUGGCUCUCGAUGAUCAGGCAAGCAUCCGGAUGUGGGUUGAAGGCCAUAAGAAGUCUAUAUUCUUUUACCAGGAUUCUUCAGAAACAGAUGCUUUUGUUCUCGGGAUUCAAACGGAAUGGCAGUUGCAGCAAAUGAUUCGAUUUGGGCAUAGGAAUCUCAUUGCGGCUGAUUCCACAUUUGGCAUAAAGAGACUUAAGUAUCCCUUGUGCACGCUACUGGUGUUUGAUUCCAGACAGCAUGCACUUCCUGUUGCAUGGAUAAUAACUCGUAGCUUUUCAAAGACGGAUAUGACCAAGUGGAUGAAGGCACUACUUGAUAGAAUCAGAAGCACCGAACCUGGGUGGAAGGUCAAUGGUUUUAUGAUAGAUGAUGCAGCUGCAGAGAUUGAUCCCAUAAGGGAUGUCUUUGCUUGUCCAGUAUUGUUGUCUCUCUGGCGAAUGCGAAGGACAUGGCUGAGGAACGUCAUCAAGAAAUGCAAUAACUCUGAAGUUCGGCGAGAAAUCUUCAAACGACUGGGACAAUUAGUCUACAGCAUUUGGGAUGGUGUUGAUUCUUCGGUUGCCGUGGAAGAGUUACUGCAGGAUUUUGUCGAUCAGACGGCCUUUGUGGAGUAUUUUAAAGCAUCUUGGGUUCCUAAAAUAGAAAUGUGGCUUUCUGCAAUGAAGUCCCUUCCGCUUGCGAGCCAGGAAGCAUCUGGCGCCAUAGAAGCCUACCACUUGAAGUUGAAAAGCGCAUUAUUCGAUGAUUCACAUCUGGGUGCGCUCCGGAGAGUUGACUGGUUAGUACAUAGACUUAUGACAGAGCUCCAUUCGAGCUAUUGGCUUGCUAGAUAUGCAGAUGAGAGCGAUUCCUUCCAAAACGUAAAGGAGGAAUACAUUGCUUCUACUUCAUGGCACCGAGCUCUACAAAUCCCCGAUUCUUCUGUUGUAUUUGAUGAGAAAGCUCGGCUCUUUGCUAAGGUCUUGAGCCAAGAUGACAGCAAUAGGACAUAUCUUGUGUGGAACCCCGGGUCAGAAUUCGCGUUCUGUGACUGUGCAUGGUCACUUCAGGGGAACCUCUGCAAGCAUGUGGUCAAGGUCAACAUGAUGUGUGAGAGUCUGCAGGGCAAUCAUCCUUCACUAUCUCUGCAGUCAUUCAGGGAAAGGUUAUUAGAUUUUUGGAGAAAGCCGAUGGAUGAUUCAAUCGACCUCAAUCUGUCCGUGGCCUGGACAUAUCAGAUGCUCGAUCAAAUUCAGAAGCUUGUGGAGCUGCAUAGCUCGAAGGAUAUCAGCAACAUAGUGAAUAAUCUACAGGUGCAAUGGGCCUCGAAGAGAUUGAGAACAUCGCUUGGCGUGCCUUCAUCUAGAAUUUGUUCCGAGAAAAGCACAAUGGAUACUGCCGCUAGGAGGAGGAACCGCAAAAGAAGAAGAUUAUCGCAGUUGGGAUGACCAUGAGUCUGCAGAAGGAUAGUUUUAGGGAUGAUGCUGGCCAUGAAUUAUGCGGUUUUUUCGAAGUAGUCCUCAUGGUAGUAGUCAGAGUUACUAUGCAAACUGACACUUCAUCAUUUUCAUCUUUCUACGGUUUCGUUUUCCUCCUUGUUCUUCAAUAAUUCAGUUCAUUUCUUCGGCCCCUUCAACAUAUGUUUACUUUCUUUCCCCUUUCUGUAGGCAAUAGCGGAUUUUUCUUUUCUUAAUCUGUGAUAUGAGAGUUCUGAAACUGCUGUAUAGAGUCAUAGACUGACUGAUUCACUAUUCAGAGCGAAAACUUUCUUGCUGGAUUGAACGAACUUCUUGUAUACUCCCGUCAACCGAAUGAAUAAACAGCUUUAUGCUCAAAUUUCGGAGUU